CAGUUGGGAGUUUAUUGCAGUAAACAAUGGAGUGGUUGCAGUUCUUACGUACGUUGAUAAUGCUUCCAAAAGAACCUGUGUCAUGAGUUUUUAAUUUAUCACCAUUUCCCUAAUUAACUCAGAGGCUUGUUGGAUUUUCCCAUUCAACAACAGCAACAUGGGCAGUGUUUUUUUCCAUGGAUUCAAGAGGCAAGCUUCCUUGUACUUCACAGAGAAGGUAAAAACUGCCCGAUUGGCUCUGACGGAUGUCACACCUGCAGAACUAAUGACAGAGGAAGCCACAAAUGGACAUGCAUGGCCACAGGACACACGUGCGAUGGGAGAAAUAUCUCGGGCUGCCUUUGAAGUCGAUGAUUAUUGGAGAAUUAUGGAGAUUCUACACAAAAGGUUGUUGAAAUUUGAUAGAAAGAACUGGCGGGUUUCUUACAAUGCUCUAAUUCUGUUGGAACACCUUCUAACCCAUGGACCACGGAGAGUUGCUGAUGAGUUUCGGUGCGAUAAAGAUGUUAUCAAGGAGAUUGGAAGCUUUCAGUAUAUCGACGAGAGAGGUUUCAACUGGGGCUUGAGAGUGAGGAGCUUAUCUGAGAGGGUGUUGAAGCUUCUCGACAGCGAGCCAUUUCUCAAGGAAGAGAGGGGUAGAGCUCGAAAGCUAACACAUGGGAUUCAAGGGUUUGGGAGCUUCGGUCUCUGGUCCUCUUCAACAGAAGCAACCUUGAAAAACUCGUGUUUCGAAAUAUAUGAGAGAUGUAAUUCUCUCUAUAAAGAAAAUUCCUCGAUCAAGGAAGGGACUAGAAGAGCACGACAAACUCAUCAGGAUCUCAACUCAGUGCCAAAAGAACCGGAAAAUGAUUCAGGCUCCGGGCAAGGUCUCCGAGAUGGAUAUGCCGGAGAAGAUCAUCCAUUUUGUAACAAUGCAAAUCAGACUGUAGCGUCGCUGCUAUCUACCAAUGAGUAAGAACUUGGAUGAAAGUUGCUUUAAUACGGCCGUAGGACGUCAACUAGUUUUAAGUGUCCUCUGUUUUUACCGUUAUGCAGCAGCUCUUUUAGAAGACCCAAUUGUCUUUUGAUGCUUGGUGUGAGAGUAUGUACAAGUUAGAGCGACAAAAAUGUUGCCAAAAACCUCCUCGAAGAUGUUAGGCUAGUUAGCUAAAACAUCUUCUGUUUCUCUCUCUAAACGGGUUAGCAAAAAUUCGAUGUGAGAAUCAUAUGCGAUAGAUCUGUGUUCAUUUGACCCAAUUGUCAUUUGGCCAAGUGGAAUAAGGGAGAGCCAACGAUCAUAUCAUCAAAAAGAGGAUCCUAAAUAGCAGUAAUAAACAUAUAUAAUAUUUCAAAAAUACCCCCUCGGUGCUAAAAAAUUAAAAAAAAAAAAAAAAAAAAAAAAAAAA